CAAAAUUGAAAAAAACAACAGUAAAAAAAUAAAGCCACAAAUGAACCUGCAAUCUUUGGGCCCACCACAAGGUGGCGCCCGGAGCACUUGUCCCCGAGGUCCCCAUGUGGGCUCCGGUCCCGACCCGCUCACCCGGGCGCCCCACCCCAGGCAGCUCUUGAGCGGGGCUCUUGAGCUCUUGAGCGGGGCCGGCAGCCCCGCCUGGUCCCCCGUUUCUUCCUCGCCCGCUCGCCCCUCCCUCGCGGGGCUGGCCGCCCAGAAGGACCGCCAGGAGCAGGUGCGCAGCGGCCUCCCCGCCGGGUCGCCUCCGGGCGCCAGCCAGCCUCGGGAAAGGGCCCGGCCAGGGGGCCUUGGGGUGGGUCAGGCAGGGCCCCCUCCCCUUCCGCAGCGCCUCCCCGACCUCGGCUCCAGCAGGGCGCCGGAUGGUGGGCGCGGGGCUCCGGGCCUUCGCAGCACGGGGCCUUCAGGCGCUCUCGGCGCUCCGGGGAGGGGAGUGGAGCAGGGAAGCCCGGGCCGCCCCCUGCACCGGCUGCAGCGCCCGACCGACGGCAGAGGACCGGAGGGGGGGCCGGAGAGGAUGCGCUACGUCAGCACCCGGGGAGCCCCCGGGGCCAGAGGCGUGGACUUCGAGGCGGCCCUCUUUUCCGGCUAUGCCGCAGACGGGGGCCUUCUCAUGCCGGAAGCGGUCCCAGCCCUGGACUGGCCCACCCUGCAGAGAUGGCGCGCCUUCUCCUACCCGGAGCUGGUGGGACAGCUGUGCUCCCUCUUCAUUUCAGCGGAGCUGAUCCCGGAAGCAGACUUGAAGGAGCUGAUUGAUCAAGCCUUCAGCAGGUUCAGACACAAAGAUGUUGUUCAUCUGGCCAGGCUGAAGAAUGGCUUAAAUGUUUUAGAGCUGUGGCACGGGGCGACCUAUGCUUUUAAGGAUCUAUCCUUGUCCUGCACAGGGCAGUUUCUACAAUACUUUCUGAAGAAGAGGAAGAAGCAUAUCACAAUUCUUGUUGGGACUUCAGGAGACACUGGCAGCUCAGCAAUUGAAAGUGUCAGAGGUGAAAAGAAUAUGGACAUCUUUGUUCUGCUCCCGCGUGGUCUCUGCAGCCAAGUACAAGAGCUGCAGAUGACAACAGUCGUUGAAGAGAACGUCCAUGUGUUUCUUGCUGAUGGAAACAGUGAUGAAAUUGAUGAGCCCAUCAAAGAAUUAUUUGCAGAUGAGGAUUUUGCCAGGAGACACAAUCUGAUGAGCCUGAACUCCAUCAACUGGUCCAGAAUUCUGGUGCAGAUGGCUCACUACUUCUUUGCCUACUUCCAGUGUGCUCCUCCCGUAGAUGCAGCUCCGCUCCCAGUUGUGGAAAUCAUUGUUCCGACUGGUGGGGGAGGGAAUCUCACAGCUGGAUUUAUUGCACAAAAAAUGGGACUCCCCAUUGAACUUGUGGCUGUGGUCAACAGCAAUGACAUCGUGCACAGAACUGCUCGGCAUGGAGAUUUCUCAGUCUCUGGCAGGAGGAUGUCCACUCUAGCUUCAGCCAUGGACAUUCAGGAACCUUACAAUAUGGAGAGGAUCUUUUGGCUACUUUCUGGCUCAGAUAGCAAUUUAGUAAAAAGCUUAAUGGAAGAAUUUUAUACUACUAAAAAAGUCAGACUUCCAGACAAGUUGCAAAAGAAGCUUUCUGAAGUGCUGAAAACAUCCUCAUUCUCAGAUGAAGAAGUUCUCCAGACCAUGAGGGACUGCUGGGAAGAGAACGGGUACCUCUUGUGCCCACAUUCAGCCGUGGCUGUCAGCUACCAUUACAGAUUCCCCGGCCAUCAUUCCAGCAGGCCCCGAUGCUGUUUGGCUCCUGCCUCUUCUGUCAAGUUCAAGGAAGCUGUCCUUAAAGCUCGUCUCACCCCUGAAAUCUCACCGGAGAUCAGUGCUCUGGAGGAGAUGGAGACCCGGUCCAGAACUCUGAGCCAAGGUGAAGACUGGACAGAAAUGCUGCGGCAACAGAUAGAGGCAGCUGCCGAGCAAAGAUCCGGGGUCUUCAGCUGAUCAUUUGCAGGAAUGACCCGAGCAGUUGCCUCGUCAACGUCUGUUCGUCCCGGGCAAGAUGCACAGCUACCUGGUGUGCUGGAUCAUGGAGUUGCGUGUUCUUCUUCGUUAGCUGUUGGGUAGAAUUCUCUCAUAGCAAAGUUUGUUUAUAACAUUGUUCAAAAGUGAUGUGCAACGCGAGUCUUUGAUCCUGAAGAGAAGCAACAUAUGGUUCGUAUUAUUGGACUCAGGAGCAUAAACUGUUUACCUGGGUCAUACCUUUAAAACUGACUCUGUAGGGGCUCCUUCUUUUAUUUUCCAAGAUGGGAACAUUUAUAAGUUCUCUUCAAAUCUCCAGGUCUCCCCUGAUAUCAAUAGAAGGCUUUUUCUGACUGACCUGCGUGCAUGGAAAUUGUGCCAGUUGCUGAAGUAAAUUACAAUGAAUGCUUUGAAACAGUAACAACUGA